CAACACAUCUCCAGGAGUGCUCAAUACCGUCUAGUCCACAGAAGAAUAUAGGGUCAGGACAUGUGGUGAUCUUCCCAGAAAACUAUCCAAGGUCUCAACAAUCUGUGGCUUAAAAGCGUUCUGAGCUGCGAAUGAACAUGUGGAGUUGCUUUCCGAAUCCAUCUAAAUUCUUGGCACCUCAUGUAUCCUUUGGCAAGUUCUGCAGUUUAACUAUAUAUUAUAUGAAGAACCAUUGUCUUAAGUAUUUUUUCAACCUGCCAUCAGGUGGUUUUGUUUGACGCUCCAAGCCUUUGAAAUGGAGGAUAAGGUGAUCAGCCCAGAAAAAGUUGAAGAAGCAAAAUUGAAAGCAAGAUAUCCUCAUUUGGGCCAGAAGCCGGGAGGCUCAGACUUCUUGAGGAAGAGGCUUCAAAAAGGACAAAAAUACUUUGAUUCUGGUGAUUACAACAUGGCUAAAGCAAAGAUGAAGAAUAAGCAACUGCCUACUGCAGCUCCUGACAAGACAGAAGUUACUGGUGACCAUAUUCCUACUCCACAGGAUCUUCCACAACGGAAACCAUCUCUUGUUGCUAGCAAGCUGGCAGGCUGACGAGAACAGCUGAACUGCAUGAUUAUUCUCAUUCCUGUUAUUUCUCCUUAAUAGUUAUUUCUCACCCUCACAUCCCCCUUUUUCUUUCUUACACUAAAUCAUGAGACUGACAGCUUUGCAGGUAGCGAUAGCAUGUGCUGCUAUUGUAAGGGAGUACUGUUAAGAGUAAAACGUGUAGUAUUUGGACUAGUUGAGAACAAUGCACUGAUGAAAAAGGACAAGUUUGGUUAGAGCAAUGUAAUCUACUUGAAAAUGUACAUAUUGCCCAUUUCCUAGUGUAGGACUGGUUCCAGCAAGUGACAUCGCAAGUUUUACAACUUCUAAUGUUUCUGCUUUUGUUAUUUCAUCCUAAUUACAGCAUAUUUGUAUUUAAUAUAACCUCCAGUUGUGUUGGUUUUUUCUUCUGUGUUUGGGUUUGUUGUCUAAAAUAGAGGUUUAGACCACAAGUUGCUAGAUGGUAAAGCAUGUACAAAAAAAAAGACAGGGCUCUGAUUGAAUUUUGUUUCUGCUUUUGAACUUGAACGGCCUUAAACCUGUUUCAGCUUUAACAAUAGAGUUUUUACUUGGGCAAUAUUUGCCCAUUCUGGUGUAACUCUUGUGAAUCUAGUGCUUAUUGACAACUGCCUGUUGAAGCUGGUAUUCUUUUCAGUUCCGUAGCUUAGGACACACUUUUGUUGAAGAUGUGAAUGAAGUGUGCAUGUGCAUAGACUGUUGAAUUCACUCUUGUGCCAUUUUUGUAAAUACAAUAGUUUUGCACAACCUUUUGCAAACGUCUAUUAGUUUUACAUUUUAAAAAGCAGAUAAUGUGCCAAUCAAAGCACAAGUGAUUCUGUAUCUUUCAAAGUCUUGUCCUGAAACUAAGAGCCCAGACUCUUGCUACUGAAAGUAAAAAUUGUAUACCUGAAAUUUGUGAAACACUUACAUUUACACUUGGCUCAGCCUUAUUUUUUUUGCGGUUGUGUAUUUUUGUUUUGCAACAAUGUCCAGCAUUCAGAUACAAAUCUGGAAUUUGUACCUAUAUUUGGAGGCAAGUGCCCUUUCAAUUCAGCAGCUCUGUAAGCUUUUAAAGCUGAAAUGCUCUAUCUGAUGACAUGGAAGAUGGCUAAAAGUACUGUUCUGGAGUUUCCUGUGUGGCAAACAUCAAAUCUAGGCUUGCUAAGGUUUGAUAUGCAAUUGUCUUUGGGCUAUUUUAGACUUCUGGAAGCAGAAGGGUAUAAUUUUUUUUUUUUUCCUUGGACUCCUGAAGUGGUAGUAAAGUAUCUCCUUUUCUCUUUGUUAUACAGCAGUCGCUCAUUGACUUUGGGGAAGCAAAGAACUGGAA